AGAUAAACAGGAUCAGAUCUCUUCGAAAUUGCAGAAGGCGGUAGCAAAAGCAUCAUGCUGCACUCAUUGCGUUAGCUCAAAUUGCAGAAGGCUGCUCGAAGGUUAUGACAAAGAACUUAGAGCAAGUUGUCACUAUGGUUUUGAACUCAUUUCAUGAUCCUCACCCUCGGGCUAGAUGGGCAGCUAUCAAUGCAAUUGGUCAGCUAUCUACAGACUUGGGACCAGACUUGCAAAACAAAUAUCAUCAUCUUGUGCUUCCGGCAUUAGCUUCAGCAAUGGAUGAUUUUAAUAAUCCACGGGUGCAGGCACAUGCGGCGUCAGUAGUGCUCAACUUCAGUGAAAAUUGUACAUCGGAACUUCUAAAGCCGUAUUUGGAUGGGCUUGUCGGAAAAUUACUUGUAUUGUUGCAGAAUCCUAAGCAAAUGGUACAAGAGGGGGCUUUGACUGCAUUGGCAUCAGUUGCUGACUCAUCUCAGAUAUUGUCCAUAUUCAUUUCUUUUUAACUUUAAUUUGCUUAUUUUUCUGUAGUAUUGCUUCUCACACAGUAUCUGUUUGGCAGGAGCGUUUUCAAAAGUACUAUGAUGCAGUUAUGCCUUACUUGAAAACCAUACUUGUGAAUGCAACCGACAAAACUAAUCGCAUGCUUCGUGCCAAAUCUAUGGAGUGUAUUAGUUUGGUUGGAAUGGCUGUUGGAAAAGACAAGUUUAAGGAUGAUGCCAAGCAGGUUAUGGAUGUCCUUAUGUCACUGCAAGGUUCCCAACUUGAGACAGAUGACCCUACAACAAGCUA